AUGGAUAUGAUGAACUUUACAACUGUCAUCGACAAUGGAUUAUUGGAUGAGGCCCCAUCAAGCCGCGUCCUAACUGGAUGCUUUCUGUCACUGCUUAUCCUCACUACCUUACUGGGGAACACCCUCGUCUGUGCUGCUGUCACCAAGUUUCGCCAUCUGCGCUCUAAAGUCACCAACUUCUUUGUGAUCUCGCUCGCAGUGUCUGACCUCUUAGUCGCCAUCUUGGUGAUGCCGUGGAAGGCGGUGACGGAAAUAGCUGGGUUCUGGCCUUUCGGCUCCUUCUGCGACACUUGGGUGGCCUUUGACAUUAUGUGCUCCACCGCAUCGAUCCUGAACCUGUGCGUAAUUAGUGUGGACCGCUACUGGGCCAUUGCCAGUCCCUUUCGCUACGAGAGGAAGAUGACACCGCGGGUGGCGUUUGUGAUGAUCAGUGGUGCCUGGACUCUGUCUGUCCUCAUCUCCUUCAUCCCGGUGCAGCUCAACUGGCACAAGGCCAAGACUAAAUCCUCCAUCCCUGUCACUGGCUCCUCUGGCUCCCUGGCAUCCAACGCUACAACCAGGGAUUACCGUGGCCCAGAAAAUUGCGAUUCAAGCCUAAACAGGACCUAUGCCAUUUCCACCUCGCUCAUCAGUUUCUACAUCCCAGUGGUCAUCAUGGUGGCCACGUACACCCAGAUCUAUCGCAUUGCCCACAAGCAGAUAAGGAGGAUAUCUGCCCUAGAGCGAGCAGCGGCAAGUGCCAAGAACAGACAUGAUAGCAUGGGGGGAGGCUCCAGCAUUGCUGAGUCCGAGAGCUCUUUCAAAAUGACUUUCAAGAGAGAAACCAAGGUCCUGAAGACGUUGUCGGUGAUCAUGGGUGUGUUUGUGUGCUGCUGGCUCCCGUUCUUCAUCCUCAACUGCAUGGUGCCCUUCUGUGAACAGACGGGCGGGGGGAAAGCUUUCCCCUGCAUCAGCCCCACCACUUUUGAUGUAUUUGUGUGGUUCGGCUGGGCCAAUUCUUCCCUCAACCCCAUCAUCUAUGCCUUCAAUGCUGAUUUCCGCAAGGCCUUCUCCAUCCUGCUGGGCUGCCACAGAUUGUAUCCAGGAGGGAACGGCAUAGAAACGGUCAGUCUAAACAAGAACUGA